AUGCAACACGCAGUAUCGGAAAAGAAAAUCGCAUUGAUCACGUACACCACGGCGGUCGGAAACACAAAAGACUUCGGAUGUUACGCCGACGAGAUCGCCGACUUCGCAGGAUUCAAAAGUCAUCCCACAGACCAGUCGCUGCCCACCACCACCUCGUUACGGACCCCGUCCAAGGAGAGACAUCCAAGGACUGAAACACAGCGCAUCAAAUGGUGGAAUCUGAAGGAUCAAAAGGAGGUAUUUUUCGCGUCCGUGGCUCCAUCUACACUUCCCCAUCCUACUCGUAGUGUGGAGGAAAUGUGGUCGUCUACUUCCAGCGUUAUACGUUUGGCCGCGGAGAACACUCUGGGAAAGACGACUCUAGGUAAGCCCAAAGUACGAAAGGUUACGUGGUUUUGGAGCGAGGAGGUUCAGGCGGCAAUUCGUGAGAAGAAGUCCAAGUAUAAGCUCUGGUGGAAGACGCGUCAGAGAAGCGUUGAUAUCAGAGAAGGCGAGCGGGCAGUGUAUCAUUUAGUCAGAGCGCGUCAUCGCUCAACGUUGGAUAUGGAGCACACCAAGAUAGUUAGGGAAGCUGAUGGAGCCGUUUUGCGCCGCUCUGGUCAGAUCCUGGAGAGCGUCGAGGGUCCUGUUCUACCAAUUACUGCCGUCGAAGUCAGUGUUGCCCUCGCAAAAAUGAAGUCGAACAAGGCAACCGGUCCUGAUGACAUGCCUGCUGAUGUCUGGAAGCUGCUAGGAGAUCGAGGGUCCGUGUGGCUCGUAACUCUAUUUAACAAGAUCGUUGCAGAAGGACGGACUCCAGAGGCCUAUACGACUGCUGUGCCAUACGACGAAGGUUUUCUGAGCGUGUCCUGGAAGCUCGUCUGA